AGAUGCUGUUCAUUAAUGAAGAAGAUGCUGAGAACGUGCACGACAUCCCGCUGGCUCGAGUGGCGUCGCCGCCCGCGUCGGGCUCCUCGUCAACGGGAGACCGUGGCUCUGGCGGCCGCCUGUCAGCUCCUGACGAGGAGAUCUGGGAGAACUGCACGUUCUGCAGCAUGCUGUUCCGCGCGCGGGGCGACCUGGCCGCCCACAUCCGCGACAGCCACGGCGAGAUGCUGCAUCGCGUGUCCGUCCCCGGGACGUUUUGCAUCCACUGCGGCACGCGUCGCGUCGACGGCCGCUGCACGCGCUGUAACCAAGACGCUUAGUCGCGCGGCCAUCGAGCAGAAGGGAGGAGGAAGAGUCAAGAAACGGACCGAUAUUUAAGCUGGAGGCGGAGGUGUGUGGUCCCACGCAACAGGACUCCUGUGGGUGUAUAUUUGUAUUUGCCGAGGAAAUGGAAAGUAGCGGCUUAAGCUCUUUU